UUCAUUCACGAGUCGGACGUCGAAGACUAGUCACGUGAUCGACAUUGUCUUAUUUUUUUUCUCAUCGAGCGUUCGGCUGAGCGAUGCGAUUAUUUGCGAUAUUUUCACGCUUAAAAGUGUUUUGUUUCGAUGAGUUUAUGUUUGUUUUUUAAAGUAUUUGAUAUUCAUGUACAUGCCGGGAUUGAAAUAAAGAGCAGGAAAUCUUUUGAGGAAGUGGAGUGACAGCCCCGCUGUAAAUCAAGAUGGCAGGUCUGUCUUUGUAUUAUGAAGAUGGUCAAGAUGAUUUGGACGACUUUGGAUUCGAUGACUAUGGUUCAGAAUGUGAUGGGAUUCGGAUAACAGCAUUCCUGGAUGCAGGCCAGGAUAACCUCACGCCUCUGGGCCGACUGGAGAAAUAUGCUUUCAGUGAAAACGUCUUCAACAGGCAAAUUGUGGCUCGUGGAUUGCUGGAUGUGCUCCGGGAGUUCAGUGAUAAUGAAAAUGACUUCAUCAUUGUCAUGGAAACGGUGGCAAGGAUGUCUGAGGAUGGAGAACCAACAGUGCGAGCAGAGCUGAUGGAACAGGUACCAAACAUUGCCAUGUUCCUCCAUGAAAAUCGGCCCAAUUUCCCAGAAGCCUUCUCUCGGUAUCUGGUACCCAUUGUGGUCCGGUAUCUCACAGACCCUAAUAACCAGGUGCGAAAGACGAGCCAGGCCGCUUUACUGGUGUUAGUUGAACAGGGUCUGAUGAGUAAGGCAGAUAUGGAGGGAAAAGUCUGCCCUGUGCUUCUGGAGCUCACUGAACCCAACAGUGACGAUGACUACAAGAUUGAAGCAGUUGCGAUCAUGUGUAAGUUGGUGACCAUGUUGACUAGAGACACGGUGGAACACCUUUUAUUGUUGCGCUUCUGUGAACUCUGCAGUGACGUCAGACUUUUCCAAGUCCGCAAGGUUUGUGCUGCAAACUUUGGCGAGUUCUGUUCUAUUGCUGGCCAUGAAGCCACAGAGAAACUUCUGAUGCCAAAGUUUUUCGACAUGUGCUCAGACAGUCUGUGGGGUAUUCGGAAAGCCUGUGCCGAGUGCUUCAUGGUUGUUUCAAACUGCACGUCUCCGGAGGUGCGGCGUACUAAAUUGUCCCCCUUGUUCAUCAACUUCAUUAGUGAUCAGUCACGUUGGGUACGCCAGGCUGCGUUCCAGUCUCUUGGUCGUUUCAUCUCCACGUUUGCCAACCCUUCAAUCACAGGAUUGCAUUUCUGUGAGGAUGGAACCCUCCGCGAGAUACCGAAGAGCCACGGACACAAAGUGACCACGAGCAACUCCAGUAACAACCGCAAUUCCUCCAUCGAUGGUUCUCCAGACAGUCUGAUUCAGCCCCGUUCAGAGCAGCUACAGUCCACUUCAGAUCUGACGGGUCCACCAUUACAUCCUCCAGAAGCCAAUUCCUCUACCCAGCCCAACGAAGGCGGCACCAGCCUGGACCAGCCUAAACACUCAGCCCCUUUGUCCCACCAGCAGAAGGACGACUGCACAAUUUUCAGCACCUUCAACUUCUGGAGACCCCCACUACCUGACAUUACCCAAGAGCUGCAGCUACUACAAGAAGGGGAAAGAGAUGAGGGGAUAGAGACACAAGAUGAGACCAUGAGGGACACGGAAGGUGAGUGGAAGGAAGAUGUGCCAAGUUUAAAUGCACAAGGCCCAGCCACCAGCUCCCAGAUACAAAAGGUUUUGGACUGUCUUCAGCCCCACCUGGAUGAUCCCGAUGUGCAAGCACAAGUGAAGGUGUUGUCCGCUGCGCUGAAGGCUGCCCAACUAGAGAGUCAGAGAGAAGAUGCGGAUGAGUCCGUGUCAGAGAGUAACAGUUCCACCGGCUCCCCGACAUCUGAUGAGCUCAGUGCCAUGAGUGAACUCUCACUGACAGACGCACAGAUCUCAGACUCCCCCUCCAGUUCACCAGUGCUGGUAGAUGACUCUGAACACAGCAGUGAGGAGUCAGACCUAAUAGAAAAUGUGGAAGAGGACAAAGAUUCAGACACAGCUAAAACAUCCGACGAGGAGAAAUCUAAAAUACAGAAUGUAGUUCCACAGCAGUUGCUGGAUCAGUAUCUGUCCAUGACAGACCCCGCUCGAGCUCAGACCGUAGACACUGAGAUCGCUAAACACUGUGCAUUCAGCUUGCCAGGCGUUGCCCUAACGCUGGGCAGACAGAACUGGCACUGCCUCAAAGACACUUAUGAGACCCUUGCUACAGACGUACAGUGGAAGGUGCGGCGGACGCUGGCGUUCUCCAUCCAUGAGUUGGCAUUGAUUCUGGGGGAUCAGCUGACUGCAGCUGACCUGGUGCCCAUAUUUAAUUGCUUCCUCAAAGACCUUGAUGAGGUGCGGAUAGGAGUCCUCAAACACCUCUAUGAUUUCUUAAAGCUUCUUAAUGCCGAUAAGCGUCGGGAGUAUCUGUAUCAGCUGCAGGAGUUCAUGGUGACGGACAACAGCAGAAAUUGGAGAUUCCGAUAUGAGCUAGCUGAGCAGCUCAUCCUGAUCAUUGAGUUGUACAGCCACAACGAUGUCUAUGACUACCUCAGACAGAUCGCACUCAACCUUUGUUCUGACAAAGUGUCUGAAGUGCGGUGGAUGUCCUAUAAACUGGUGGUGGAGAUUCUGCAGAAAUUAUACACCUGUGAAGCUCGUGAUCUGGGUCUGAAUUUCAUUAAUGAACUCAUCAAGAGAUUCUGCCACUGUCCCAAAUGGGUCGGACGUCAGGCAUUUGCAUUCAUUUGCCAGGUGAUUGUGGAGGAGGACCGUAUGCCCAUGGACCAGUUUGCACAGCACCUUCUACCCAGUCUGCUCAGCCUCUCAUCAGAUCCUGUACCCAACGUACGUGUGCUGGUGGCCAAGGCGUUACAGCAGAGCGUGUUUGAAAAACCGUACUUCAAGGACCCAGGCGGUGCUUACUCUGAUGAGCUGGAAGAGGCUCUGUCUGAGCUGAGGAUGGACAAGGACAGGGACGUGCGGUUCUUCGCCACACUGGAUCCCAACAGAAAUGUCAUGGACACGGCAGCGCUAAUUUAAUAGCAUGUACUACCCACACACAUGGACAGGCACCAGCAGGAACAACACUAAAUGGAUUCACAGACAAGUGUUUACAAAUAGGAACUACUGACCAAGACCUUCACACACACAAUGUAUCCCUGUCCUGUCCUAAUAACGCUCCACAUUUGACAGUGCAUGCAUAUGUUAUGCAUUUAUACACAAAACAGGCCUCAUUUAUUAAACGUUUCUACUGAUAUGUAGCUAAAUCUAAAAUUGGAUCCUUAAAUAUACUUCAAAUAUAUCUUCAAACACCGAACAACCAUCUCACCUCUCUGAAUGGUGCAAGAUUUUAUUUGCACCUUUGCGGCAGCAAAAAGUAUUUGGAGACAAAAGCCGCAUCUCAACACAUUGAGAUUGUUUCUUUGAGAAGCCGCAUUGUGUUGUUUCUCCUCGUAAGACCUUUCAGAUGCUACCAGCUGCCCCUCCAAAGCUAACUGUACAUUUGUAAGACUUCUUUUUUCAUUUUCUUGUGGAUUUCUUUAAACACAAAGGACUAAGAAGACAUGAGCAGACUGACAAAGUGAAGUGCUACUAACUCAGGGAGACCUGAUAUCCAGAUUUUUUUUUAAGGCUGCAAUGCUGCAAAAUAGUAUCAAGCUGAGCCCAAGUGAUGCUGCAGAACUGUUGCUACAUUGACCAACCUCCUGUUUACCGGACCGUCAGGAUCCACACAGAUUGUUGUGAGGAACGGGGUUUAGAAACAGCAAAUUAGCACAUUUUUGCAGUUCAGGAGUCGAAACCUCUCUCUCUUUUUGCUCAAUCCUUUUGUAGCUCACAAUUUGCUAUUGUCUUUCAAUACUGACAUUUUAAUGUACAUGUUUUGAGUGUGAUCCAGUCAUACAUAAACUUAACCUCCUCGUCUUCCCUGAUUGUUGGAGAGCGGUUUUAUUUAUUUUUCUCACGUUUUAUAAUUAAAAGGGGCCAGUAUUUUAGAGAGGUGUCAGAAGUUGCUUUCCAGGCAACCUUUACAGCCACUAGAUGACAUAUAGACACCGAACAACCGAAAAUGUCAGACUUGUCCGGUCUUAGAGAUUACGUUAAAAUAUAAAUAAAAUCUCAAUUGGUUAAUUCU